GUUACAUCCGGUUUCAGCACCACGGCUAGCUCCUUCCCGCAUUGUCGUGAUUUAGGUCGUGCACCCCUCUGCUUGUUUUGCGGGGCCAACUUCUGACUAAAGGCUGUUGGAGUUGUGAUUUGAGAAAGCUUUAUGUUUUUUCUUUCCAUGUUUCGCAUUCGAGGUGGCUGACAGAAGGAGGACAUAGGGAAGAGGAUCUUCAUCACAACGCACUGAGAUGCAUUGAACAUCAUGCAGUGACGGCACCUCACCAAAUUUAUUAUUUACCUUUAUUUUAGUGCUCAGCUCUGCAACGAAGAUUGCAAGACGACACGUAUAAGAGGAAGAAGACCAUAGUGGAAAAGACAAUCUGCAUGUGAAAGUACUGGAUCUGGUGCUAUCGGAGGCAAGAGAUGCAGCCUACAAGCAAGCUUCUGAGUCUCACCCUCCUCGUCUUGAUGGGCACUGAACUCACCCAAGUGCUGCCAGCCAACCCCGAGGAGUCAUGGCAGGUGUACAGCUCAGCUCAGGACACCGAGGGCCGCUGUGUAUGCACCGUGGUGGCGCCUCAACAGACCAUGUGCUCGCGGGACGCCAGGACCAAACAGCUCCGGCAGCUGCUAGAAAAAGUCCAGAACAUGACCCAGUCUAUCCAGGUGCUGGACCAGCGGACCCAGAGAGACCUGCAAUACGUGGAGAGAAUGGAGGUCCAGCUGAAAGGUCUGGAGACCAAGUUUAAACAGGUGGAGGAGAACCACAAACAGAACAUUGCCAGGCAAUAUAAGGCAAUAAAAGCGAAAAUGGAGGAACUUAGACCAUUGAUACCAGUGUUGGAGGAGUACAAAGCUGAUGCAAAAUUGGUAUUGCAGUUUAAAGAGGAAAUCCAGAAUCUGACGUCUGUGCUAAAUGAACUUCAGGAGGAGAUUGGAACCUAUGACUACGAGGAGCUACAAAACAGAGUGUCAAAUCUUGAAGAGAGGCUUCGUGCGUGCAUGCAAAAAUUAGCAUGUGGGAAGCUGACAGGAAUCAGCGAUCCAAUCACAAUUAAGACGUCUGGAUCAAGGUUUGGAUCCUGGAUGACUGACCCCCUGGCACCUGAGGAUGACACUAGGGUGUGGUACAUGGACGGCUACCACAACAACCGAUUUGUGCGGGAGUACAUGUCCAUCUACGACUUUAUGAAUUCCGACAACUUCACGUCUCACCGCCUCCCCCACCCGUGGUCAGGCACGGGUCAGGUGGUCUACAACGGCUCCAUCUACUUCAACAAGUUCCAGAGCCACACCAUCAUCAAGUUUGACUUCAAGACCUCCGUCAUCAGCAAGUCACGCCAGCUGGACUAUGCCGGCUACAACAACAUGUACCACUACUCCUGGGGAGGCCACUCAGACAUCGACCUCAUGGUGGACGAGGGCGGGCUCUGGGCCGUCUAUGCCACCAAUCAGAACGCGGGGAACAUUGUCAUCAGCAAACUGAACCCCAACACCCUGCAGAUCGUCAAGAGCUGGACCACCAAUCACCCCAAGAGGAGCGCAGGAGAGGCCUUCAUGAUCUGUGGUACGCUAUAUGUCACCAAUGGCUACUCCGGUGGGACCAAGGUGUACUAUGCCUUUAGCACCAACUCGUCCACCUACGAGUACAUUGACAUACCGUUCCAGAAUAAGUACUCUCACAUCUCCAUGCUGGACUAUAACCCUAAAGACAGAGCGCUGUAUGCGUGGAAUAAUGGUCACCAGGUGCUGUACAAUGUUACCUUGUUCCACGUCAUUCGCUCCGAGCAGGAGCAGUAGAUAGCUAGCCAUGCUGUGACCUUCUAAUUCUACGGCAGACCUGGGUUCAAAUACUAUUUGAUUACGUUCAAAUAUUUUUUAGCAUUUGCUUUAGCCUGCUUGGAGUGUAAGAUGGGCGGGGUUUGUAGUUUUGCAACAGUUACAUUGGUUCCAUUGCACCAGGCAAGCUCAAUCAACCUUGGCUAGAUCAACUGAAUUUGAACACAGGUCUGGUCCACAGAUUUUUCAAAGUAGGGGAGAUACGUAACUCACAUCAAAGUUUAUUGGAAAUGUAUGCAGAUGUGCAGAUGUAAUCACAGGCGCAGCAAAAUACUAAGUGCUUCUAGCUCAGGGUUCACCAAACUAGGUCCUCGGGACCCCAAGGGGUACACAUUUUGGUUUUUGCCCUAGCACUACAAAGCUGAUUCGAAUAAUCAACUAAUCAUCAGAUUUGAUCAUUUGAAUCAGCUGUGUAGUGUUAGGGCAAAAAACAAAACCUGCACCUCUUGGGGUCCAGAGGACUUGAGUUUGGGAAACGCUGUGUAACGCCAACAGUGUAGUAAUAUUUAGCAAUAAAAAAUAAAUACACACAUAAUCCAGAAACAUUUAAAUACAUUAAGAAAUUAAGAAACAUGAGAACGAGCAAUGUCAGAGACCGGAAUAUAAAUAUAUAUACAUAUAAUGGUGUCUAAAGACAGUACGGGCAGUAAAUGAUUAGAAAACGUGUGUACAGCAGUAGUUAUAUAGGAUGAGCCAUUACUAGAAUACAGUAUAUACAUAUAAAGUGGGUAGAACAGUAUGUAAACAUUAUUAAAGUGACCAGUGUUCAAUGACUGUAUGUACAUAGGGGCUGUAGUCUCUAAGGUGCAGGGUAGAGUACUGUGGAAGUAGAGAAGUAUACUCAGUAACAAGAAAUAAAGUACAUCAUGAUAUAUAAUGUGUAGAAGGUAUAGAAACAGAAUGUAAGAACAGGUACCGAAAAGGUAAUGCCUUUCUUGAUUUAGAUGACUUCAAAAGUCUUAUAUUGAUUGUGUUUUUAUGGAAUUACCCACUCUUGACUUCUUUCAUCACAGAGGAAUAGUGCAGCCUAAUGUAUCGUAGUGUAGAAUUGAAUUACUCUAGAAGCUGAAGGGAUAUGAAAUCCUGGGCCUUGUUGAUCAAACUAUAUUAAACCAAACUGUGGGACACAACACACAAUCAUGACCACUUUCCCCAGGUGGGUGCUACUCAUU